CUACAAUGCACAACCGGCUGAGUACACACUUGUACCUGAGGCUGAUGAAGGCAUACCUAGGACAUGUUACUGUGGCGGUGAUCCUAUUCUCCGAUGCUCCUACACUGGCAAAGAUCCAUACCGUAGGUAUUUUACAUGCCACAAUGUUGAUGAUGGCGACUGCCACAUAUGGAAGUGGUUUGAUGUGGCAGCUAUUGAAGAGAUGAAGGACUUUCAGAGGCAGCUAAUGAAGCUUAAAGAGCAAGGUAAAGACAAUGAGCAGAAGCUUCUUAAUCUUGAGAAGACGGUUAACGAGCUAUCAAAGAAGAAAUCAAGUGCUACGCAAAUGGAGUUGUUACAAAAGCUUCAAAGGAGGCCGAACCUUCGGAGUUUCUGCAAUGAAGGUACGCAGAAGGCAUGUGAAGAAGGACACGGGAGUGCAUUUGGACGUGUGAAAGCUGUAGCUGCUGGUGCAAACCCUGUAUUGACCACUACAGGCAUUGAGAAGAAAGCAAAGGCUUUGGUUGCCGAGCUUAAGAAAAUGUCUAAGGAGGUUGAAGACAGUGAACUUGCAGAUGUGGCAGCGGUUAGUGCGGGUAGCAAUGCAGAAAUUGGAACCAUGAUUGCUGAAGCAAUGAGCAGAGUGGGCAGGAAGGGUGUGGUGACACUUGAGGAGGGUAAAAAAGCCGAGAACGCCAUGAGACUGCAGCUCUCAAGGCUCCAGGAUUUGGAGAGCGCAAGAGCCAGUACCUUGACGAUAUUGCCAUUCUCACUGGAGGCAACUGUGAUUCGUGAGGAAGUUGGUCUUUCACUGGACAAAGCUGGAAAAGAGGUUCUUGGACAUGCCGCAAAGGUUGAGAGAUGUUGCUUGGAAUACGCAGCUUCGGUUGCAAGGAAAUUCUUGAAGUCACACUGUGUUGUUGAGAUAAAAGAACCUAAGCCAGUUCCCGCAGGCAACCCAAUGGACAACUCAGGAUAUGGUACUGAGGAGAUAUGGGAUAUUAAGUAA